AUGGAGGAGCUUAAAUUAGACCGAUCAACAAAGUUUCUCGUCAUAAGCAUAGAGAAUAUAUCGAAAUCCAGGCUUAAUCAGCUUGAAGAAUGGAAACAGUUGGAUAAUCCGAACAAAUCCUCAGUUGAUAGACUAAACAGAAAAAUUAUUACUGAGGUCAACCUCAACAAUGAUGAUGAAGAUAAUGAUGAAAGUGGAAGACCUAGCAGGGCUAAUACUCAAGAUACUUACAAAUUAUAUUUGGAGGACGUUUCAACCAAAAAAAUUACUCAAGCUUAUGAAAAUGAACCAUUGCGGUUUUUACGUACAGAGAAUACAGGCACUCCUCUACCGAUAAAACUUGGAGGUAGAUUAACUGUUCUAAAGGGAGCACUGAUUUACAAUGGGGUACUACUACUCACGAAUAAGAAUUGUGAAUACCAUGGCAUUCAUGCGGACGAUGCAAGCUAUGUAUCUAUAUUAAAUGAUGGUGUAAUUAAAAAACAAAUUGAGUUACUCCAGCUCUAA